AUGACACUCGCGUCGGGGUCGAUAGAAUGGGAUAGAUCGCGCCGCGCCACUAUACACACGCCACGGGCGAGUGGCAACCCUGCCGAGGGGGUGGAGGCAUCAACCGGGCCGCUAAUGCUGGCCGCGCAGCGCCGCGGCGGCUCUUUGUCGGCGUCCUUUGACGCGCGGACACCGCCUGCGCUUUGGACAAUAAACCGUCGCGAUUGUCGCACCACCUCACCCGCCCUCCGAUCGCUGCUAGGGUUGUCAAUCACCCAGUCACAUAUAAAAUUG